ACCAAAGAGUACGUGCAUUAAUCAUUUGAUUAAGAAUGAUAAAUUGAGUUGACAAAAAAGUGAAACAAUUAACGUGUAAUAAUCAACGGAAAAAUUGCAUUUUAUAAAGAAAGAGUUUACCAAAUAAAAAGUGAUAAGGUUAAAGUUCAUAGUUACUUAAACAAAAAUUGCAAGUGAAAAAGGCAAAUUAAGUAAACGAUUUACUUAGAUAAUACAAGACAAAAAAAAGGAUUUCUUUCGCUAAUAAUAUUUGAAGAGUAACAGGAUUUUGAUAACCUGCAUAUCUGCACGAGCCUUUUAAAAUCAAUUCUUCAAUCUAUUUCCACAGUAAUUCGUUUUAUUUUAAUGAUGCAUAGAAAUCAGGUGAUACCAGCUUUGCGUAGAUACCAGAGAAGUCUUCUGGGCAUAUAUAAGAAAGUUAAUUUACCGGAAGUCGUAUUUCCUCUUACGGAACCACCAGAUGUAUCCAUAAUUACAAAGUUACUCAGUGAUUGUUGGGAGCUGAUAAAACAUAUCGAAAUGGAUCAGAGCGAAUACUUGCUGAAAGCGUCGUUCUCGAUGACACGAUAUGCUUCAUUUGUCCAUUAUUUCGGAAAAAUAGGAUGUUCUUUCGAUAAAGAUGUUAACACGUUCUUCAAGACAACCAUGGUUUCAAGUGAAGGCAUGCAGGGUUUGAUGCCUGUCCUGAGAUGGGAAAUAGAUCUUAUAGCGACUUACCUUCACUUCGUUAGCAGAGUGAUAACAAAUUCGCACAUCUAUAAAGGCAACUGGUCUAUGAUGAGGAAAAAGCACAUGGCUAAGCUGAGUUUGGAGCACUCGUUCAAAGGUAUGAAGGAGAAGUUCAGAAAGUUGGUCGAAGGAUUCGAUAAAUUGAUAGCUGGAUUGGAUAAAGCAAAGAAGAUCCGUACGAGAUUUUUAGCUGAGAUCGACAAAGCAAUCGUCCAUAUCAAUAUUUGUAGCGAAGACGUUUUUAAUAAUCACUCCUAUGUGGAUGAGUACUUUAAGGUGACCUUGAAUCCAAACGAAAGGAUCAAAAACAUUCUGCUGGACUCUCUGAGAGAGGAACAUACGAAGGCAGAAAGUAGUCGUUCGUACUGCAUUACGAACUUAACCAAUUUGCGCCCAGAUAUUGUGAGAGAAGAAAGAUCUCUGGCUCAAUUAAGCAAUUGCUUGGGGAUCAUGCAAAAGCACCUUGUAGCAUUUCAAAAUUAUAAGGUUCCCGAAGUUUAUAAAACAUUGUACAGUUUUGAUAAGUUCCUACAUAAUGUACAUAAGUCAAUUAGAGUAGUUGGAGUGACGAUAUCGAGGCAACCUUUGGCAAGGCGAGCUUAAUGUUUUUAUUUAAGAAAAUUUUCUUUUACUGUCUAAUUGUUAAUAGAACAUUUUUAUUCGUUUAAGUGAUGCAACAUAAAAUAUGUUCAUUAAUUUUAAUUUAACAAAUGGUAACAAGAACUGUUUGUUGUGUUUGUCAAAUAAAUUGAGUCACAUGACA